UCAUUUUCAAUUUCCCAUUUUGCCCUUCUUUCACUCCUCAAAACCUCACCUUCCCCCACCACUCUCACUCUCUCACAACACGCUUCCCCUCUCCUAUUCCUUCUCCAUUUUUCAAACACAUUUUCUGGCAAGGCAACACUCUCUUGCAUCAGUUUUUGAUUUUGUUUUAAACAAAAUUUGAACCAGUCGUAACUGUCUCCGGUUACUUUGGUGCAAUUAUUGAUUUUGUUAUUUUUUAAAGGGAUUUUUGUUAUGGAGACACCCGAUUUCUUUAUGGGAGCUUACUUCAAUGCUACGUCAGCGAACAGUUUCUGGCCGGAGAAGCGAGUUGCCACCGAGCAAAAACCUGGGGAGAACUUCAACUUCACCGUUGAAGACCUGCUCGAUUUCUCCAAUGACAGCGGGAUUAUCGGAGACGGCGCUCUCUUCAACAAUUUCACCGGCAACUUAACGGAUUCUUCCACCGUCACUUGCAAUUCCGCAGCUUCCGGCGGAGACAACAGCUUUGCCGGAAACUUCGGCGGCUGCCGCAGCAGCAACAGCAUCGCUGACUCUCAUAUUUCCGGUGAAUUAUGUGUACCGUAUGAUGACUUGGCUGAGCUCGAAUGGCUGUCAAAUUUUGUUGAUGAUUCGAUUUCAAUAGACCAAACUUUACAACACAAUCACAUGCUUUUGUUAUCCGGAUCCAAAUCCAAAUUACUCAUGCCCGAAUCAUCCUCCUCAUCUAACCGAAUUCCGGAACCCACCAGCCCCAAACCCAACAACCCGGUUUUUCUACCUGAAACUCCAUUGCCCGGCAAAGCUCGUUCCAAGCGCUCCCGUACUGCACCUUGUGAUUGGUCCACACGUCUCCUUCAUGUGUCUCAAAAAGCAUCUACCAUUAAAUGUGUAAAUUUGAGUUCAAGUUUGAAUUCAGACAUAAGGUCUAUUCGAAAAUGUUUGCAUUGUGGGACGGAGAAAACCCCACAAUGGCGAACCGGGCCUAUGGGACCGAAAACCUUGUGUAAUGCAUGCGGAGUUCGAUAUAAGUCGGGUCGGCUGGUGCCCGAAUACCGACCUGCAGCAAGUCCAACAUUUGUGUCAACAAAACAUUCAAAUUCACAUAGGAAGGUAAUGGAGCUGAGGAGGCAAAAAGAGUUGCAAAGGGCACAACAUCAACAAUUUCCUAGUCAAAAAUCGUUCUUUGGAGUAUCAAACGGUGGGGAUGAGUACUUGAUUCAUCAUCAUACCGGACCCGAUUUUCGGCAUUUGAUUUAGGGUGGAGCUCCUAGUUUUUACAGCCUAUUGCAGUUAAAUUUCUAACUUUCUUUUUUUUCUUUCUCCGAAGAAUUUGAUUUUGUAGCUUUGUGUCGAGAAAAAAAAAAGUACAAUCUUAAAAGAAGAGGUGGAGGGAGAAGAGGAAUAUUUAGUGAUUGGCACUAAAAAUGUACCUUUAAUUUUCUUCACUUGCCCAAUUUGGAAAAAUUGAAAUCCAUCUUUCUGGAAGAAAUAUUAUUAAAAACAAAUUAAUUAA